CACCAAAGAGACCCGGAGAGAGCAAACCCGACAACAUAUAUUCUCACUGAAAUAAUGCCAGCGCUCUGCACUCUCAUUUAAGUGCAGACUCUGAGAGCUUCCGCGCGCUCCUUAGAUCAUGGAACGUCCCACAGAAUCUUAUGUGGUGCCGUGACUAUUUUGGAAGUAUUUUUGAACAAUUUAUUUGCAAUAUUUUGGUUAUUCUGCACCUUGACAACUUAGACUUAAGAACGCAUAUACUCAUUUUUUACCUUCUUUUGCAAAACUUCCAAUCUCUGGUGACUCAGUCAUCAAUAUGCAUGAGUCAUUAAGCCCCGGGCUUCUUAGCUUUCUCUUUUAUUGAUCCGCGUCUGAGCUGCUCCGAUAACAGCCAAAGACAAGAUAUGAGGCAACUCAAGGACCAUGUCUCCACAUAGAGGAACUGUUAUUGUUAUUUAGGUUGUGGUGACACUGACAGACAGGUUGAUCGUGAUGGAUGUGAGAUGUGGAGUUCUCUUCGUCUGCUCGCUGCUCGUCUCGUGCAGUGACGGGUCUCCGUUCACCGACUGCAUUCAGAGCAAAGGGAAAGCGGGGUUUUAUGAGGGACCCAUAGACUCGACCGAAUCAGGCGUGAAGUGCAUGAACUGGAGCGAUGUGCCGGGUGUCAUAGAGCGGUAUUCGGGGAAAGGUCUCGGGGAUCACAGUUUCUGCCGGAAUCCGGACGGAAGAAUUCGGCCCUGGUGUUUCUUCCAAAACAGCCGAGGACGCAUAGACUGGGGGUACUGCGACUGCAAGCAAGGUUCUUUGCGACUGCAUGGAGGCAAAUCCAAACUGGAUGGGACAGUAGAAGUGUAUCUGAAUGGUGUGUGGGGAGCCAUCUGCAGUAAUGGAUGGGAUGACCGAGAUGCCGCUGUGGUGUGUCGACAGCUGGGACAGGGUUAUAAAGCGCGUGCACGUGUGAGUCCUCUGUCACGUCUGGUGGUGUCUGUAGUUCACUGGCAGACCGUGGGCUGUGAUGGACAGGAAGAGGACUUACUGCAGUGCAAUCGCACCGUCUGGAACGGGGGAGGGUGUGUUAACCGUCACGCGGCUGCCGUCUCUUGUACACCAGUGGAGGCUUCAGUGUUUGUCCCAGUACGUCUCUCUGGUGGGCCAUCAGCGUAUGAAGGCAGAGUAGAGGUGUAUCAUGCAGGACAGUGGGGCACAGUGUGUGAUGACCAAUGGGAUGAUAAUGAUGCUGAGGUGGUCUGCAGGCAGCUGGGGUUGGGGGGCAUUGCUAAGGCUUGGGUAGGAGCAUAUUUCGGUGCAGGCUCAGGGCGAAUAUUGUUGGAUGAAGUGAGCUGCACAGGAAAUGAGCUUUCCAUAGAGCAGUGUCCAAAAACUGCCUGGGGGGAACACAACUGUGACCACAAAGAGGAUGCUGGAGUGUCUUGCAUCCCACUUACAGACGGUGCAGUGCGUCUGGUUGGGGGUGUGAAGGGUUAUGAGGGGAGACUGGAGGUUCAUUACAGAGGUCAGUGGGGGACCGUGUGUGAUGAUGGCUGGACACAAACCAACACACAGGUCGUCUGCAGGCAGCUGGGCUUCAGGUCAGGGGAGAGUGUGUCGGCAGGGCGGUUUGGGGUGGCGGCGGGUCCCAUUCUCCUGGAUGAUGUUAGGUGUACGGGAAAAGAGCCCACAGUAACACACUGCAGCCGGAGAGGCUGGUUCAAACAUGACUGCACUCACAACCAAGACAUAGCCGUUGUGUGCAACCCCCAACGCUCCAGACACGGAGUGCCCAACAGUAUGCCUGUGAGACUGGUGGGUGGAGAGAAUGAGAGAGAGGGGCGUGUGGAGAUCCUGGUGGCUGGCCAGUGGGGGACGGUUUGUGAUGACGGAUGGACGGAUCGGGAUGCAGAGGUGGUGUGCAGACAGCUGGGUUACAGUGGGCUGGCUAAAGCUCGUGUAAUGGCGUAUUUUGGAGAAGGUGAGGGGCCAAUUCACUCUGACAAUGUAAAGUGCACAGGUGGGGAACAUUCGCUGAUUGACUGCAUCAAACAACCAUUUGGGACACACAACUGCCGCCAUAGUGAAGAUGCCGGUGUUAUUUGUAACUAUGGGUUACAGAAGGAUUCUCCUGAGGUCAAAGAGGCAGUGGGCUCCAUGUGUGGUCUAAGACCCUCUCAUAUCCGUCAGAAGAGAAUAAUAGGCGGAGAAAACUCGCUACGUGGGGGCUGGCCGUGGCAGGCAGCUGUGCGCUUACGGGGGUCUCAGGCAGACGGACGGUUGGUAUGUGGAGCCACUUUGAUCAGCAGCUGCUGGAUCCUCACCUCUGCUCACUGCUUUAAGAGGUACGGUAACAGCACUGGACUGUAUAAAGUUCGUGUGGGUGAUUAUCACUCUCUGGUUCCUGAGGAGUAUGAGGAAGAGUACGCCGUGGAGAAGAUCGUCCUUCACCCGCGCUACCGCGCUGACAGCAACGACUACGACCUGGCACUGGUGCGUGUGUCUGGUCACAGAGCUCAAAGGGGUGUCACGGGCGUCUGCGUCACACUGAGCCGCUUGGUGCUGCCUGCCUGCCUGCCAAUGCGCAGAGAGAAAGUGACGAAGGGCAUUGCCAACUGUUACAUCACAGGCUGGGGAGACACAGGUCGUGCAUAUUCAAAAACUCUCCAGCAGGCCUCCAUUUCGGUGUUGAGCAAGCGUCAAUGCGAGCAGCGCUAUUCUGACCAGUUCACCAGUCGCAUGCUCUGCGCCGGCUCCUCCCAUGACAACCACCGCGUGGACAGUUGCCGUGGAGAUAGCGGCGGUCCGCUGGUGUGUGAGAGGCCGGGUGGAAGUUGGGUUGUAUAUGGGGUCACGUCUUGGGGUCACGCGUGUCGACUGCAAGAUGCACCCGGCGUCUACACCAAAGUCUCUGCCUUCGUGCCCUGGAUUAAGAAGGUCAUUGGCAAGUAGGGCCCAGAAAAAUCAACCAGUAACAGACAGUCACAGCCUGUCUGUGAGGGCAGAAAAAUUAAGCACACUUUUAGGGUAAAAGCUUCAGAGCUAAAUAUGUUAUAAAAUAGAUAGUUUCAUAACACUAGCUAAAAUCAACUACAAAUAAGUCUUAAUGGUCAGAGAGAAUUAGUAGAUUCUGAAUAUUUGAAUUAGCAGACAGUGUAAAAUUACAGUGAAAAAGAGUAAAACAGUCAAAAUAUCUAAACAUUCUUAAAAUAAAUGAAUUUAAAGUGUAAAAUUAGGCUUAUUAGGACUUGUUUUCUUAGAAUAUAUGUUGAACACUUAGGCAUAAAGCUUUAAAAUUUGUGAGGUUUAUGCUUGAAACAAUAAAAGUUGCUUCAGUAACUUUAUCUAGUUUUAACAAUGGUUAGGUAUUUUUACUGAAAAACACACACACACACACACACACAGGCCUAUAAAAGUGAUGCUUGGAUUGGUCUUAAAUUGGCAGGUUAAAUUAUAGCAGAAUUUCUUUUUUUUUCUUUUUUUAUAAUGAAAGCACUUCUAGGUUGAAGAGACCACAAUGCUGAGUGUGGAGUUAUUAUUAAUUUGUAUUUUUUUUAAAUAAUGAAUUACGAAUACAAUAAUGAAAGCAUAUCAGUGUGACUAUGUACUUUAUGCCAUUAAGAGACAGAAACUAUGUGAGCCUGUAAAAUGGGACGAGUAAUGUUCCAGUUUGAUACUGAAGAACGUUCCAAUGGCUUGAAAUCACAUCAAGAUUUAAUGCUGAAAUGAGAAGAUUCUGGAUUUCCUGCUAAGAAAAUGUAUGGUAAUUCUAAACUCCUGGGGUAUGGUUACCAUGCCAUUGCUAAGUAACUGACCACAUCACCUCAUCGACACAUUAAAUGACAUCAUAAUGCUCCACAGGAACCAUGACAUCAUUUAUUAUAGCACAGAUGUUCGUGAUGAUAACUGGACUGAGGUUUUCUAUAUCUCAACUUUAGGACAAAAAGCACAUCAUAUAUCUGCUUAUAUGGGAAUUAUGUGCAAUGGGAAACUGUUUAUACCUCCUUGUUUUAGUGUUGUGAUAAUGCAUUUCAUUUCAGCAUGCUUAACUUGUGUUUGUUUUCUGUGAUUUACGUAUAUAUUACGUAUUUGUGAGUAUGAUUUAUGAGAGUAGCCUUUAUACAAACUACACCCCUUAAAAAAAAAAAAAAGAAAAAAAAAAAAAAAACUGGUCUGUGUAUAAAAAAACUGACCAACCACAAACUCUUAUUUUGCACAACUAAGGUGUUGCAGUUUAGACUUUUGUAAAUUUGUUUUUCCAAUGCAUCAUUCAGUCAUAUUGUAAUCUUCUGUUAAUUGAUUAUGCUAUGAAAACUGUAAAAAGUGUUAAUUUGUUCACACAUGGCCAAUAAUUCUGUUUUGUAUCGCCUUUAUAUAUGUUUAAAUACUUGGCAUGAUGCUUUUAUUAUUGCCUAAAAAUUGUAUGUCAAGUCAUGUAAGGUCUGCAAUGUCAUUAACCGAAAAACAAUCACAAAAAGCUAUAUACAGCUUUCUUACAACUUCAGUUUGGAGCAUUAAACAUUUCACAGUUGGUAUAAAAUUUGUACAAUUUUUGUGGAAUAAAGUACCGUUUCUUAAAUUGGAA